AUGACCUCUGUGUAUAGAAUACACAGGCCGUAUGUCCUGGCGACUCUGCCUCGGCCCUUGGACCACACGGCGGGCAACAUUGUCGCAAAGGAAGUCUACGGCCAGAGGGACGGUCAGAGGAGGAAGAGGUCUGAGCUAGCUGUCGGUGUUGAUGGUGAGGCCGUGAGCAUAUACGAUGUCCCGGGUUCUCGCCUCGUCACGUCGUACCCCAUUCCCCCGCAGGAAUCCUUCACCUGCCCUCCUUACUCUCUUCGUGUACGACGCUCGGGAAGCACCGACGUGAUCCGCUAUACCUUCUUGGCGACGAGGGACACUGUUUCGCACAAGAUCACCCUUUUCAAAGACGUUGUGCACCACGACGGAAAAACGACGUCGACGACCGAAUAUCGAGUGCUGCGCAACUCACCCGUGCGCUACCUGACCACAUCCAGCGCCUCGCAGACCUCGGUUAUCGGCGACGUCAUUGCCGUCUGCGAGAAUGGCGAAGUCAUAAACCUGUCCGGCGAGACCCUGGCCAUCCGCUGGUCCUCGUCGUCCAUGUCGGCCGUGCAGGAUGCCUCGGCGUCGGGCUCGGUGGUGGACAGGCUGCACAUUGAUUUUGUCACGUCGGGAUCACUUGCCGAUUUCAGCGACGGCAUGUUCAAGAACCACCCGGAGGUGUACACGGCUAUGCCCAAGGCUGUCACGACGGAUCCCACUAUCCUUGUCCUCGUCUCGAGGAGCGUGAGCCACGGCCAGGAGAGCCGUCACCUGCUUGUCGUCGCCGUGUCGCCCAACGACGGCGCCAACGAGGCUCAGAGGCUGAUACCCCUCGACGUGGCCCCCAUACCUCUGACGGAGGAGUCGACAGCUGGCGAGGCCGGCAGCUACCAGUUCGAGGCGCAGUCCGGAACGCUCCUGCAGCUCCUCCGCGGCUCACUGAUGGUCUAUGACCUGAGCGGCGCGGUACCCAAGCUCAAGUCCGUCAUCCAGAUGGGCGACGCCGUGACCUUUGCCAGGCUCUCGCGCCCGUUUGUCCUCUCUAGUUCCCUCGAGUCCCUGGGACUUUACAACUACCAGUACCGCUCCGUGCACGCCAGCACGCCGCUGGACCUGUCUGAGCUACCUGCAGAGAACCGGGAUGCGCGCUCCUGCCAUAUCAUCAGCUACCUGCGCAGCCAGGAUCUGGCCCUGGCGCUGAUUGACAACGUGCUGGUGUGCAUCCACGUGGAGCCGCCCAAGAGCAACGGCAGGAGCCGCAAGGCCGGCAUGCUCAUCGAUUCGAUCGGGCGCGGCACGGCUGUGGAGCUGCCACCCAAGAAGGCCAAGCUGGACCACACGUCGCCCGAGUUCUCGCACAAGGUGCCGGGGACCAUGACGGAGUCGUACCUGGCCGAGUUCAACGGCGACGUCGAGUCGCUGGACAAGCUGCUCAGCAACAACGACGUGUUGGAGUGGGAGGAGAAGAUGCGCCGGAAGCUGAACAUGGCAUUGAAGUCGGACGAGGCUGGUGGGUCGGACGAGUUUCAAGCUACGGGCAACCAGCAGCAGCAGCAGCAGCAGCAGCAGCAGCAGCAGCAGAGUGCAGAGGAUAUGGCACCCGAGUGGGACUGGCACCUUGAGCCCUCGGCGUAUCCGGCGGUGGACCGGCGGUGGAUCAUCUACGCCAUCAGCCGGGUGUUUACGACGGAGACGGUACCGGCGGAGCAGCCCCGUCUGGGCCUCAGACUGAUGAUUGGCGGGUCUCAGGUGACGACAUACCUCGCGCUAGCGGGCCACCUGACGCUGUCCAACGUGAGGUCGGCGUUCCGCGACGAGCUGGAGGCGCAGCCGGUCGAGACUAAGACUCUGGCGCACGACUUGAUCGCCUCGCUUGUAGAGACGGACGAGACCAUGACACUACUGCUCAACUACCUGCGCGCCACCAAGUUGGGAGAGGUGGAGGUCCUCCUCGCGAUACGGGAGCUGAUGGUGAGCAUGGGGCUCAUCCCGACCAAGAAUACCACCGCCACCGCAGAGUCUACAACCAAGCUCCUGACGGACGAUGCGCAGAGCCGAGAGCCGACGACUACGGAAGGCGCUGCCAAAGACGAGGACAAUGACGAGAUGGAGCUGGACGACCUGGAGCGCAAGAUUGCCGCGACGGAGAUCUACCUCGGCGACGAGAGCAGCACGCGGUCGCGCGGGCUGACACUGGCAUUCACCAAGCUGUGGCGGCUGCCGGCGCGGUCGACGGUCAAGGCGCUGCGGGCGUCGCUCAGCAUCCGCGAGAUGCUCUCGCUCAUCCACCUCCUGCGCGUGGAGCUGGUGCAGGGUGCGUGGACGUCUCUGUACAUUGACGCGACGACGUUUGACGUGGACGGGAGCAACGAGCCGCCGCCCGACGGGGUCAUCUCGCUCAUCUCGGACCUUCUGGGCCGGUGCCUCGACGCCGUGGGCGUGGGCGGCUGGCUCCUCAACGACGCCGUGGGCGGCAGCGACGGUCACGGCACCGAGUCGUCCGUUCCCGCCGCAGCCGCCUCCGUGAGCAGCGACUUCCUCUCAGCCCUGAAACUCGAGGUCACGGCCGCGCUGGAGGGCAUCGAGGAGGCCGUCCGGCUCGGUGGGGUGGUGGGCGAGUCGGUGCGCUACGGUGUGGCUGCCCAGAAGGGUGGUGCGGGUCGGCAGUCGUGGAACACGAACAAGCCGGUACCCAUCCUUGUCGAGGGGGGUGAGGAGUCGCGCAUGCUGCCCCUCGGCCUCAAGGUCAAGCAGCUGCCUUCUAGGGACAAGAUUGUAUCUGGUGGAGAGCUUGUGCAGAGGAAUACGCGUGAGAUGGGACAUUUGCUCAGUCAAAAGGUUGAGCCGUACUCUCUUGAAAAGCUGGUUGUAUAA